CUAGCUCACUCCUCUUCCUAGUUUUCAGUUUCACAAAUAUAUACACAUUCCUACUCUACUAUCUCACCACAGAAUAUUGUCAAGAGAUAAGCCAUUAUGAUGCUAGCAAUGGAAGAAGUACUGUGUGAACUCAGUGACCAUGAAAAGAAAAACGAGCAAGGUCUUCCACCUGGUUUCAGGUUUCACCCUACUGAUGAAGAACUCAUUACGUUCUAUUUAGCUUCCAAGGUUUUCAAAAACACCUUUUUCAAUAAUGUCAAGUUUGCUGAAGUUGAUCUCAACAGAUGUGAGCCAUGGGAACUUCCAGAAAUGGCGAAGAUGGGAGAAAGAGAAUGGUAUUUGUUCAGUUUGCGAGACAGGAAAUACCCAACUGGUCUAAGAACAAAUAGAGCAACUGGAGCUGGUUACUGGAAAGCCACUGGGAAAGACAAAGAAGUUUUCAGCAACAACAGCACAAGAGCUUUACUUGGCAUGAAGAAGACUCUUGUUUUCUACAAAGGAAGGGCCCCUCGUGGUGAAAAGACCAAAUGGGUCAUGCAUGAGUAUCGCUUACAUACUCAUUUUUCACCUUCAACUUGCAAGGAAGAGUGGGUGAUAUGCAGGAUAUUUCAUAAAUCAGUGGAAAAAAGAAGUUCACUAUUACUUCAAGUUCAAGGACAUUUAGGUGUUAACAAUAAUUCUAAUUUAACCCCCCAAAAAAGCUGUUUACCCCCUCCUCCUCCUCCUUCAUUUACACAAUCUCAUAAUAAUUUCCCAUUACAUGCAUUUCAAACUUCUUUCCACCAAGUCACAAACACCAGAAACAACAAUAAUCAAUCUUUGGAGCUACUCUUCAAGUCACAAACCAUUCCAAAAACUGAGGCUAUGUUCUAUGAGCAGUACCAACCACAGUCCAUAGAGGAAGCUAUUAACCUGAGAUGGAAUAUUGACAACAAUAAUAAUAAUAAUGAUUUUCAAGACUUGUCAUUUCCAGUUGAGAUGGAUGCUGAACUGAUUGCAUUCUCAGGAGCUGCUGCUGCUGCUGCUACGGAUGAUGAAUUUACUUCAACACCCUUUGUUAACAGUAGAGGAAUAGUAGGCUUAGAUGCUCCUGUGGGAGUAGAUUCUUGGCCACAGGCUCAGCUUGUUUAGACUAGCUACAUACAUGUAUUAUGUAUUUGUAUACAUGUGCAUGUACGUACUAUGUAGUGUACUUGUGUAUACAGACAUAGGGUAACUAGUACGUACUAACUCUACAUGUGUAGGAUAAAUAAUUGUGUACUAUGCCUGUGUCAAGCUAGAGCUAGAUAGAUUGAUCUUGUAAUAGUUGAUGAGUAUUAAUUUCUAAUAAUAACUUUAUGUGCCUAUGAAUAUUAAUUAUUGGACUUCUU